AUGAAGAACAGCUCGGUCAUGUUACAGUUUCACAGGAAGGGGGCGCUGUUCUCCUACUUUCUGCAGGCUGAGACGUCUGCACAGCUUCUAAAUGCUGCUGAUCUUCACCUCGCCAUCAGUAAGACGAGCGCCAAAGUGUUCGUUGACUGCAAGAUGGUGUCUGAGAAGACCGUCAACGCAGCAGGAAACAUCAGCACGGAUGGGCUGGAGGUUCUUGGUAGGAUGGUCCGCUCCCGAGGGAACAAGGACAACUCUGCACCGUUUCAGCUCCAGAACUUUGAUAUCGUCUGCAGCACCUCGUGGGCCAACAGAGACAAGUGCUGUGAACUCCCCAGUCUGAGGAAGGAGGUAGACUGCCCGGCCUUGCCUAAAGCCUGCACCUGCACCCAGGACAGCAAAGGCCCCGCAGGCCCUGCUGGACCACCAGGAGGCCCAGGAAUCAGAGGAGCCAGAGGAGAACGUGGAGAGCCAGGCCCUGUGUUUCUCAGAGUAAAAACAUCCAUCAUGCUCGUGUUCAUCCUCGUCUUAAAGAGACAGAGCCGAUAUAACUCUGCCUGUCUGCAGCUGUGA